AUGGCGCCGAUAGCUUCCAUCGAGUGGUUUCGUGUGUUACCUCGAUGGCUCUUCGUAAAAAUCACCGACUCCGAAGACCGAGUAGGCUGGGGCGAAGCGACACUCGAAGGCCACACCGAAGCGGUCGAAGGCGCCCUUCGCGGUUUCCGCUCCCGCUUCCUCGGCCACGAAGCCGAUGAUGUCGAACGCCUAUGGCAAGACGUCUGGCGCAAAUCUUUCUACCGAGGGGGCCCGGUUUUCAUGUCUGCGCUUUCCGGGCUGGAUAUCGCACUCUGGGAUUUGAAGGCUAGGAAGUUGGGGGUUCCUGUGUGGCAGUUGUUGGGGGGCAAGGUGAGGGAGAAGGUGAGGGUUUAUGCUUGGGUUGGGGGGGAUCGGCCGGGAGACGUGGUAGCGCAGGCGGAGGUGAGGAAGGGGCAGGGGUUCAGGGCUGUGAAGAUGAAUGCGUGUGAAGGGGUUGGGUGGUUGGAUUCGCCGGGGGUGGUGGAGGGGUGUGUGGAGAGGGUUAAGGGGGUGAAGGGGUUGGGGAUGGAUGUUGGGGUUGAUUUUCACGGCAGACUACACCGACCGAUGGCGAAACAGCUAGCCAAAGCCCUGGAACCACAUGGUCCCCUGUUCAUCGAAGAGCCCCUCCUCUCCGAACACCCCGAGCCCAUCCAGCUCCUAUCCCAACUAAUCACCAUCCCCAUCGCGCUAGGCGAACGCCUCUACUCCCGCUGGGACUUCAAACCCUUCCUCGCGAACUCCAGCGUCGACAUCAUCCAACCGGACAUCGCCCACUGCGGCGGCAUCUCAGAACUCAAACGCAUAGCCGCCAUGGCCGAAGCCUACGAUGUCGCACUCGCCCCUCACUGCCCUUUGGGUCCGAUAGCGUUGGCGGCGUGUCUGCAGAUAGCGGCUUGUACGGCGAAUCAUACGAUUCAGGAGAUGAGUGUGGGGAUGCAUUAUAACGUUGCGGCGGGCGAGUAUGAUGUGGGGAGUUAUGUGAAGAAUCCGGAGGGUUUUGCUGUGAGGGAGGGGUUUGUGGAUGUUUUGACGGGGCCGGGGUUGGGGAUCGAGGUUAACGAGGAGCUGGUGAGGAAAGUGGCGGAGACGACGGAGCCGUGGGAGUUGAUGGGGUUUGUGGGGGAGGAUGGGGGGUUGCAGGAGUGGUGA